UUUGCACCAUGCUCCGGAUUGUCCCUUUUUUAUGCAAGCGUGCCCUUUGAGGGCAAUGCCCCCAGCGCCUUUAAACUCUCCAGUUGGGCCUGGCUCAUCAUCCUUCCGGAUCCAAAAUUUUACCACCAGGCGACAAGGAAAAGGGCAGGGGGGUUCAUCUGUCCUGCAGACCUGUUGCAAACAGUUUUCAUCGAAAACAGCUAAAAAAACACUGGAAAUCACCACCAGAGAAGGAGUGGCUUGGCCAAAUUAAGAGGAAAAAAAAACUGCUUAUUUCUAAGCCAUAAAUAGAAGGGAGAGGGGGAAAAAAAGAGGAAACGAGGGAAUAGAAGCGAUGUGAAGGGACGUCUGCAGUUUCCAAUAAUUAAAACCAGAAGAUCUGCAGAGACGGGGUCGCGUCGAAGAUGCUGGUUGAAGGGUUUCUGCUUUUCGCCCUCUUUUUGGUGGCUUGGCAAUUUCUACAGUUGCAAUGGGCACGCCGUCAGCUUCCCCCUGGCCCGGUUCCUCUUCCCAUCCUCGGCAAUUUAUGGCUGCUGGAUUUUGCUCUGAAACGAGAGCCGUUGAUGAAGUUAACAAGCAUCUAUGGAAACAUCUACACCAUUUGGCUGGGGGCAGCUCCCGUGGUUGUGCUGAAUGGCUGCAAGGCCGUGAAAGAAGGACUCGUCACUUACUCAGAGGAGACCUCUGGAAGGCCACUGCUGCCUCUGUUUAAGGAUCUGAUGGGCGAGAAAGGUGUUUUUAUGACCACCGGCCCCGUCUGGAAGCAGCAGAAGCGCUUUGUCAUGUUGACGUUGCGAAACCUGGGUGUGGGAAAGAAGAGCCUGGAGAACCGGAUCCAGGAGGAGGCGCAGAAUCUUCUGAAGGUGUUUACAAGCAAGAAAGGAUCACCCUUUGAUCCCCGGACUGCUCUAGGCCAUGCUGUUGCAAACAUCAUAUGCAGUUUUGUGUUCGGUCAACGCUUUCCCGAAGAGGAUGCCCAUUUCAACAAAUUGUUAAAAACUAUCCACAUGAUUGUCUACGUUCCUGGUAGCGUCUGGGGCAGGGUCUACGACUCUUUCCCCACAAUCAUGUGCAAAUUUCCGGGGCCUUACCAGCAGUUGUUUGAACACAACGAAUUCAUGCACAAUUUCGUCAAGGACAAGAUCCAGAGUCACAAGGAGAGAUGGAAAGAAGGCAGCGAACCGCAGGAUCUGAUUGAUUUCUAUCUGGAUUUCAUAGCCAAGAGCAAAGACGACUCAACUUCCAUUUCAAGGGAGGACAACAUGGUCCAAACCAUUGUUGACCUCUUGAUUGGAGGAGCAGAAACCAGCACCAUCACUUUGUACUGGGGUCUACUUUAUUUGCUGAAAUAUCCUGAUGUGCAAGAAAAAGUCCAGCAUGAAAUAGAUGCCAUUCUGGGACCUUCUCAAACGAUCACGUACGAGGAUCGGAACAGAUUACCCUACACGAACGCCGUGCUACAUGAAAUUGUUCGCUACAGCAAUAUUACGAUCACUGGACCCUUGCGGAAAUGCCUGAAGGACUUUGAUAUGUUGGGAUUCCCAAUUAGAAAGGGAACCCUACUGCUGCCCAAUGCUCAUUCAGUGCUGUAUGACCCAGAGUACUGGGAGACUCCUUGGAAAUUCAAUCCGGCGCAUUUCCUUGAUUCUGAAGGCAAUUUUGUGAACAAUGAAGCUUACUUGCCAUUCUCAACAGGGCGCCGUGCCUGUGUGGGGGAGUCCCUGGCCCGAGUUGAGCUCUUCAUUUUCUUCGCCAACCUUCUCCAUUCGUUCAAGUACCAGCUCCCACCAGGAGUAAAGGACAUCAGCUUUGGAGAAAUCACAGGGACCACCCGCCAGCCCUUCCCGUAUAACCUCUGCGCUUUUCCACGCUAAGUCACCAGAUGAAGUUGAUGGAGCAAGAGAGAAAGAUUUUGGAACCAUUUCACAUCUUCUCACUUAAGCUCUUAGAUGUCCUCAAUCUUCCUGGACCAUCUUUGUCCAUCUUAUUUGUCUCCAAAAUGCAUAAAACUGUUGAAGGAAAAGUCUUCAUCAUGGUUCAGUCCAAGCCGGGAAUAAACAACAUGGUGACUGCUUUAGAAAGAAGGUUGCAGUUUAUUGAAGAGGAGAGAUAGACAGGAAG